AUUCUUUGAGACAAAUUGUGGGUUAGCUACUUGAUAAUUGCUAUGAAGUUCUCAAGGCCUUUUUGGAACAAGCUAUUCAACAUGACGAGGUCUCUCCAGAAAACAUCAUUUAAAUAAAUAAAGAUUUAAUGGGGGCAAUAAGCUUCUAUAUUAGCAAUUAUGACUUCAUUUAGGAGCAAACACAUAGCAAUUCUAAAUUUUUGAGGAAUCUAUUAUUCGAAGUGAAGCAUUACAGGAAUAAUUGGGCUCAUUCUAAAGAUUUUUCUAUUCGAGAAGUUCAUAGAAUAGCUGACACUAUUUUGUUGAUGUUUGACGAGUUUAGUUUGAAUAUCAAUAAUGAGGUUUAUUUGAUAGUUAAUUAAAUAAGGAUGGAGUCUAUUUAAAUGAUGAGUUUAUAAUUAUAAUAAGCAUAAAAAUAUUGAAAUUAUAUUAUAUUUAUGUAGUCUAAUCAAAAUCAAUCUCCGAUUCCAGGAUCAGUCGAGAUUAUAAAAGACAAACUCUAUUGGAUUUCUGAUCGACAAGCUCCCAGAAACCAGCCAAAUGCAUUCUAUUUUUGCAUCGAUCAGGAUCUUGUGUAUGAGCCUUUUUUCGCAGAUUUCGGUCCAUUGAAUCUAGGCCACACUUACAGAUUUGUGACUGAAUUGGAGAAAUUGCUUAGUGAUAAGACAUAUUAACAAUAUGCCAUCUAUCACUAUACUAGUUUGGACAGUGCCAAAAGAGCCAAUGCUGCCUAUUUGAUGGGAGCAUUUCAAGUGAUCAUCUUGAAAAUAAGUGCAGAUGAUGCUUGGAAACCAUUCCAAUCAGUGAAGCCUGCAUUCCAAGAUUUCAGAGAUGCAAGUUAUGGACAAUGUACUUACAAAUGCACGAUUUUACAUUGUUUGAGAGGCUUAGAAUACGCAAUCAAGUUGAAAUGGUUUGAUGUUAGAAAAUUCAAUCUUAGAGAUUAUGAAUUUUAUGAAAGAGUCGAAAAUGGAGAUUUAAAUUGGAUUGUUCCAAACAAAUUCAUAGCCUUCUCAGGACCAUCUGCAACCUAAAAAGAUGCUGAUGGAAAUCGUACAUUCACUCCAGAAGAAUAUGUGCCCAUCUUCAAGUAAUUUGGAGUGACUUGUGUUGUCAGAUUGAAUAAGAAGGCUUAUGAAGAAUAAAGAUUUAUCAAAAAUGGCAUCAAACAUGAAGAAAUCUACUUCUUAGAUGGUUCAGUCCCAGGAGAUGAUAAGAUAUUGAGAUUCCUUGAAAUUGCUGAAAAAGAGAAUGUGGUCGCUGUCCAUUGUAAAGCAGGACUCGGUAGAACAGGAACAUUGAUUGCAGCAUAUGUGAUCAAACAUUAUAGAUUCCCUGCUCCAGAUUUUAUAGGUUGGAUCCGUAUAUGUAGACCAGGCAGUAUUUUGGGACCACAACAGAUCUUUUUAUUACAAAAACAAAAUUGGUUAAUCAGUUUAGGAAAAGAUUCUCCUAUAUGGAAUCAAGUUAAGUAAAUUGCAGCAGAAGUCAACAUAGAAAAGAGAUUGAAAGAUCUACAAUUAGGACCCAUGAGCGAGGCUGACAAGAACAAGGCAGAAAAAGGUGAUUAAGAUUAGGCUUAAACAUUGAAUAAAGCAAAAAUAAUGAAUUAAACCUCAAAUUCACCAGGUUUGAAAAAGUGAAAGAUUAAUUAUAAUGUUAUUAAAUAAAUUUAGCCAAUCCUAAAUCA